AUGAUGAUCGUGGCUGUCUACUGCCCGGUGAUAGCAGCUCUCUUCAUCGUUCUGAAGAUGGUGAAUUACCGCCUGCACAGGGCGCUGGACGAGGGAGAGAUUGUGGAGAGGAAUGCCAGUGAGCAUAUGGACAGAGGUGCAAAAACAGAACAAAGCAGUGUUUUGGCCAAGAGGAAAGACAGCAAUGGGCCCAGUGACCCUGGUGGAGGGAUUGAGAUGUCAGAGUUCAUACGAGAGGCAACUCCCCCUGUUGGCUGUAGCUCACGAAAUUCUUAUGCUGGGAUAGAUCCUAACCAGGUUGGAUCUGGGUUAUCUCGUCUGGGAACAGCAGCAACCAUCAAAGGAGAUACUGACACUGCCAAGACCUCUGAUGAUAUCAGUUUAAGUCUUGGCCAGAGCUCUAGCCUAUGUAAAGAAGGGAGUGAAGAACAAGAUUUGGCAACUGAUCGGAAGCUUUUUCGUCUGGUGUCGAAUGACUCGUUUGUCUCCAUCCAACCUUCAUUAUCCUCUGGACAGGAUUUGCCAAGAGACAGCAGUGACAAAGUGUGCCUCUCGAACAACCAGCUUGUGGACCAGUCUAAAAUCGGCGCAUGUGACACAGAAGUAGCUUCCCUUGUAACUCUGCAUUCUCACUCCUAUAGGAAGGAUCAUAGACCACGAGGUGUACCAAGGACUUCUAGCUCUGCUGUCGCUUUUCCAGAUGCUUCACUAAAUGACUUCCCUCUCUAUCAGCAAAAACGAGGACUAGAUCCUGUCAGCGAGUUAGAAGCUUCCAAGCCUCCUUCUGGAUCCAGAGAGUCCUUGGCCGAGAACUCUUGCAUUUCAGGAGUUUUUCAAUUAGAUGACAUUCUGAAAAGUAGCAGCCCUCAACCAUUGGCUAAGAGUGGGAAGGGCAAAUCCUUGAAAGCAGACAAAAGUGUGGACAGCCUGAGAAGCCUGAGUACUAGAAGCAGUGGUUCAACAGAAAGCUACUGCAGUGGGACUGAUCGUGACACUAACAGCACCAUCAGUAGCUAUAAAAGUGAACACACGAGCUCAACGCACAUAGAAAGUGUGUUGUCGGAGCACGAGGAGGAGUCUCCUAGAGAAGAGAAAAAGGAUGGUAAGAGAAAGGACCGUGGUGUUGACUCAGAGGAUGACAGUAGUUCUACUGACAAAAGGACUAGUAGCGAAAGGACUGCUGUGGAAGUGAGCACUAACAGUGGCGUUCAGGAGGCAAAGGGUUCGAACGCAUCUGACGAGAUGCACGGUCAGAAGGGUCUUGGUGCCUCUGCUUCGGAAGAGGCCAAUAAGAACCCGCAUGCCAAUGAAUUGACUACGCAACCUGACAGGCCGCCUGGGAAGGCUGCUGAACAAAGAGAUGAGCAGAGUGAGAAACUAGCUAUGUUAGUAGAUUCAAGAGCUUCUAAAGAAACGAGUGGGAAACAAAAAGAAGGAGAUGUUCGACCAAAAUCUUCUAGUUUAAUCCAUCGAACAGCCUCUACCCACAAGCCCAGCCGGAGGAGGACAGGAAAAAAGCGGGCUAGUAGUUUUGAUUCCAGUCGGCACAGGGAAUAUGUUUCCUUCCGAGGUGUAUCUGGUACUAAACCUCACAGUGCUGUGUUUUGUCACGAUGAGGACUCCAGUGAUCAAAGUGACUUGAGCAGGACAUCGAGUAUGCAGUCAGCUCACCAAUUCAGCAGUGAUAGCUCUUCCAGCACCACCUCCCAUUCAUGCCAGUCUCCCGAGGGGAAGUACAGUGCUUUAAAGACCAAGUACGUUUCUAAAGAACGUGGGGGCACAGACCCUGAAAAUGCUCACAAAACCCACGUCAGCUCUGAAGGCAUUAGCAAAAAACGAUCUACACGUCGGACUUCUAGCACAAACAGUGCCAAGAAUCGUGCCAGAGUGUUAAGCCUGGACAGUGGUACUGUAGCUUGUUUAAAUGACCCAAAUAGUUUAAUGGCACCGGGUAACAUAAAACAGUUAACCACUUCAAAAUCUGAUUUGGAAGCCAAAGAAGGAGAGGUGCUAGAUGAGCUAUCUCUGUUGGGAAGGGCUUCACACUUAGAGUCAGUCACUCGAUCUAGGAAUAGUUUACCAAGCCAGGCUACGUUUCCUGAAGGGGAAGAGCAAGAAUCAGCAAGUGGAGCAGCACAAGCCAGCGAGGAGACUGUCACAUUUCGCCGUGAACGCAGCACAUUUAGGCGUCAGGCAGUACGGCGCCGGCACAAUGCAGGGAGUAACCCCACCCCUCCUACAUUGCUCAUCGGAUCACCCCUCAGCCCUCAAGGUGGUCAGCAGGGCCAGCGGCCCUCCUCCCAGCUCAGAGCGCA